CCUGCCUCAAGUAAUCCCUUUUUUCCUUUCAUUAAUACUUGAGAGACUUAGGGAAAUUUAGAUGCAGGCCGGGACGGAUCCUCCUCUCCUAGGUUUUUCAUCCUCUCGGUAGCAUCUCAUUCCGCUAUCCGCCACUUUCGGAAUGCGCUUCUUGUAGCAAGAGAACGAGACAGAGAAUGGACGCCGACGAGCAUUUUCGGCUCUUACGCCAAGGGAAAUAAAAUCUCUUCUCGUGGGACUUAGGCACACAUAUCCCUGAUUGACUUCCCCCCACACAAAGGUAAGUAUUUCGGAGGCCGAAUUAAGCCAUACUAUUUGUUUAACUAUGCCGUAAGUUGGCAGAGGUUCCCGCCUUCAAGACCUCCCGUCCAUGUAACAGUACAAUGUACCAUGAUGCAGUAGUAAUAAUGCAUGUAUAAGAUCUGCUUUCGUUGAGCUUGAAGUUCCGAUCUAAAUAUAGGACAUAUACUGCGAGUUUUGUUAAAGCUUUAGCCAGUUCCCCCAUAGCCGAUAAUAGUAUGGACAGAGGCACAGAAGAAACCGAAUUUCUUCCUGAUGGGUUCCUCCUACUGGCGGAUCGCAAUUCCUGCUCUUCCUUCGCCAAUCAGGGUUGCUAAGCCCCGUAUGUUGAUUCGGCGUUGCCGUUCUGGCUGCAUUGUUUAUUAUUGUUUCAAACUUGGUAUGAAAACAUAAAUCCCUCAAAAAGAAGAUAAAUAAAGGUUCUUCAACCGUCGUCUGCAAGGGAGUGCCAAAGAUGAGGUUCUCUAUAGAGUAUUGUAUUGGUGUCUUUCGUUGGUUGGAUGAUUCUAUAUCGUUCCCCAGCCUGGAUUAUUUGAGCUUCACGAAUAGAAGAACUAAUAAUAAGUUAACCACCGUCUUGAUCAACAAUUGGCAAGAAUCCAAGCGAUAGGAUUUGAGGAAUGAAAACCGCAGUUUAUUUAGUUAACCUUUCCAUCAACCACCGCUUGUCCCUCCCCUCACUGGCUUCAGCAUCGUAUCCAACACGGCAACAUCGCUCAACUCAGCCACAGCCACCCAGCUCAUUGAACCAAUCCGGCUGCUCUCCGCAGCAGACCGUAUUUCUUCUUGUCCGAUAGUUAACUAGUUAUAUGACUAAACCACCAAGUUUUCUUCUUUUCUUCUUCGGGUGAUCGUGGUCAACCUUGGAAGGCCGGCCUACCACAAUGAUAUAUCUCUGGCCGCCAUUUUCCUCUCGCAGAGCACAAGAGCUUUGGCUUGUUCCAAAUCAAAUAUUGCUGCGGAACAAACCUGCCAUAGUUAUCUAUAAUGACGGGGGGUUCCAUACACAUUAAGAUGUUUUGAAGUGUAUUCGUGAACUUCUCCCCAUAGAAGUUAAUUUGUUGCAUUUCUUUUGCCCUUGUUUAGUUCUCAGGCGGAAUGCGAUAUUUAUGUCCAGCAAGCAUGACUUCUGCCCGCCUAUUCUUCCUAGUUAUUCUGUGUAACACACGCGUAUCCGCAGCUAGCGAGGAGGAUCUCAAUGUAUACGGUGGAUAUGGACCCGACGUCCUCUGCGUUUUCCCCAUAAGCGGACCAUAUAACCUCCUGCAACGAAUACUGUUCUAUCUGCUUUUGGUAUUCGCCGUCCUCUGCCGUCGACAAAAAUGGUUGGUCUUCGGCGCCCUCGCCAGUGCAAUGUCGUAUAGUGGAGCAGCAGCUCUCCACGGCCUCUUGCUGGCCAGCCCCGCCCGAAAAGCCAUAGACCUGGACAUCUAUGGAAUUUUCGCGGUAACCUCAUCGGGCGCGAUGCUCACUGCUCCGUUAUUGAAUUGGUCGUCGACAUUGAUAUAUGCGGAGAAAAGGAAGCGGUGGAUUGUGAUAAUGUGGGGCAUGCUUUUGGUGUUGGGUGCGAUAUUUACUGCAUCGUGCAUGUAUGUAAAUGGGGCGGGAUUCAUCACCCCAGAGUGCAUUUCGCGCAGUGAUGCGGCUUCAUUCGAUGGUUCUUUAUUCCCCAGUCCUACUGCCGACUGUCUGUACGCUUGCCCGCCUGAAGCUCGGAUUUUCCGUCCAAAACAUGACGUCGUGGCCCGGCCGAACUAUAUAAACCGUCCGAGGGAUAUCACGUCGGUCUUCCUUCCAGCAACAAUCAUAUAUAUCUUUACCUGGAUUGUUGUUGAGAUAUUAUUUCGCACAGUGUGGCGGAAUAAAAAUACGAAUAUCCACUUUGCAACAGCCAGCUCAGCAUCAGACAUAGUCGGUCUUCGUUGGGUGGGCACAUGUGUUCACGGUCGGCAGAACACUACAACCGACAAAUCCAAAGAUGUGUCUGUAUCGAUCCAGCCAUUGCCAUCAUCACCGUCCUCAUCGCUAUCCUGGCUACCCGUAUCCGGACAGCCUCAACCACAGAAGCCAUGGUCUCGCUGGGCCGUAGCAUUUACGAACUUUCACUUAUUUGUUAUGCUUGCCCAUUUCGCCGCCUUCAUCGUCAACGUUGUCAUGUGCGAGUAUCGGAUGGUAAAGCUUCCCAGCAAUGAACAGCCCAAGGAAAUCGGCCAGUGGAUCUCAUGGGUUAGCAUUGCGCUGGUCGUGUUUGCCCAGACACUUAACCGCUAUUUGAAACUACGCUGGGGGCCUGGUCAAGGUGAAGGUGAAGGUGAGAAGAAGAAACGAAUGGCCCCCGAAGACGAAGAGAAGGCGCUGGCGCUCGACCGUUGGAGGAGGUUUGGCAUUUCUCCAGCGGUUCGAGUACGGGUCAUGGAAGAUCAACAGAUGGUGGUGACGCCGCCUAGGGGUAAUGAAGUUUUUAAAAAGGACGAUGCGCCACCAGGUAUAAGGAUGUUUAGAAGUGAGACAACAGGUUCGAUGAGGAGGAAUAGCUUUUGAGUGAUAUCUUCGAGAGUUCCUUUUCUUUUUUUCUCUUUCCUCUUCCCUCUCUCCCUCCCUGCCUCGAUUCUACUCUGCCCUGAUCUGAACGGCUUCCCAUCUGCAUCGCAGCAGUCUGCAACUAUAUAGAAUAAUUUCAACGUUUCAUUUUAACUAGUGAACGCAAUGAUAUUCUUAUUUUGGAUCAACUUCUAUGUAGAGCGUCU